CUGAGAGAGCGAGGCAAGAUGAAGAUCACCCGGCAGAAGCAUGCCAAGCGAGUGCUCAAGUUCUACCACAUCAACUUUGACCUCCAUCCUCCGUUCAAGGUCCUGGUGGAUGGCAACUUUGUGUACGCUGCUGUUGAGCACAAGAUCAUGGUGGCAGAGUUGGUCUCGUCGCUUCUGGGCGAUCCCAAGGUCAAGCUCUGUACCACCCGGUGCGUGCUGGCUGAGCUGGAGAAGCUCGGCUCGGCGUUCAAGCCGGCGCUCUCGGUCAUCUCACAGUACAAGAUCGUCAAGUGCGGGCAUGAGAGCCCGGUUGUGGCUAGCGAGUGUCUCGGCUACCUUGCCGGCGAGUCGAACCCGAUGGGCUUUCUCUUUGCUACCCAGGAUCGGUCGCUCAUGGCAGAGCUCCGCGAGAUCCCAGGCUCGCCCAUCCUGUACAUCAACUUUAACCUCAUUGCCAUCGAUCCGCCGUCGGACAAGUCGCUCAAGAUGGCGCGCAAGAUGGAUCGCCGCAAGCUGCGGGUGCCGACCAAUGAGGCCCGCCGGCUCGGAAUCGGCGGCGGCGAGAAGAAGAAGAAGCGCAAGAAGACUAAGGGCCCCAACCCGCUCUCGGUCAAGAAGAAGAAGAAGUCCAAGGGCAAGUCUGGUGGGAGUGACGUCGAGCGGCCGGCCAAGCGGAGCAAGGGCCUCGAUGGCGCCGCUGUUGCCACUGCCGCUGCCGGCAACAGCGCUGGCGAUGAGGCCGAGCCUGUCGCUGCCGCCUCGGCUGCCGCUGUUGACAGCGAGGCCGCCGGCGAGGCCACCGGCGAGAAGCCCAAGCGCAAGCGCAAGCGCCGGCACAAGAAGAAGAAGAAGAGCGUCGAGCUCGGGCUGUAA